CAAGGGGCGUAGGAUUAGUAGAAAAGACAUAGAGGAAGGGACAUGGGAAGAGGCGAUAAAUGAAAAGACGAAAGAAGAAGACCCUUAACUACUUGUCAUUGUCCAAAAAUCCUGAAUUUUGGUAGUUGAAGUCUUCAACUAUUGAUCGAUCUAAGAACCAACAUCACAAUUCUCUUUCUUUUCACGGGCAUCCAUUUCUUUGAUUGAUUGGUUGAUCGUAGUUUAGUAUAGUUUCCCCUUCCGAAGAAGAUGUUUUAUUCUUCACUUUUAUUGCUUAAUUUCUGAAGCAGGCCAGGUCCGUCCAGCAAUCCAACCUCUCCCCAGUAGCUUACAUAUGGAUCCAAAUGCUUCCAUUGACGAGAGAGAUGGUUUCAGGAAUGGCGUCGAGAAAGUCAAAUCUGUCUCUGAUAAGCACAUUGAUCUCCUCAGGCCAUCUGCUCGAUAUUAUGCAACAUCUAAGGAACUGCUGAUGGUAGGGCAAGUGACAGAUGCGACAGAUGGAGAAAAGGGAAAAUAUACGCUUGUUGGAGAUCCUGAGGAUUUUCAAGGGAUUUAUGACAAACCCCUUCCAUGCUUUGGCUGUGGGAUUGGAUGGUUUUCUUUUCUUUUGGGAUUUGUGUUCCCGUUGAUGUGGUAUUAUGGCACAUUUCUUUACUUUGGAAAUUACUACCGGAAGGAUCCAAGGGAGCGGGCAGGCCUUGCCGCGGCUGCAAUUGGGGCAAUGUCGUUUUCUGUCGUGCUGCUGGUCAUAAUAGCUUAUUGUUCUCUAUUUUAGACUUGGCAAUCCACUUCCAAGAUGGUGCGUGUCCAUUUCCUUUAAAACGUUAAAUGGAGCAUAAUACCUUGCACUUUGAUGUUACCCUACUUGGAAGGCUCAAAACUCGCAAGUUCUAUCUUCCUAAGCUCUCCUUGGGAUGCUGAGGUGCCGGAGAGGUGAGGAGGGAAUUUGGUACAAUUUGUUUUUGUUUUUAGAUAUUUUAAAUAAAAAAAUCUAAAAAAAUUAUUCUAAUAUAUUUUCAAGCAAAAUAUUAAUUUAAAA